AUGUUUGCCAACUCAAAUCCAAGUGGAAACUUCAACACAACCGGUCAAGACCUUGAACCUGAUGACCCCGGUGUAAUGCUGAGUAACCGAGUGACUCAUGUGUUCAUUAUGGUCAACUACGUUUUCCUCAGCACCAUCAUCAGCCUGUUCGGCAUCGCGGCCAACUCGCUCAACAUGCGCGUGCUGGCCAGACAAGGGUUCCACAACACCAUGAACAUCAGCUUCAUGGGCAUGGCCAUCUCGGACAUGGCCAGCUUGGUCACUCUGCUCUUCCUCAACGUCUGCCUCAGCCCGUUUUUCCACGCCUUCAACGAGAUCCACUACCUGUUCGGUGCCUGGUUGCACGGCUGCGCGGCACGCAUCACCGGCUGGAUAACCGUGUACAUCACCGUUGAACGUUACCUGUCUAUCGCCAGACCACUACAGGUUAAAACUUACGUGACCGCUAAAAGAGCCGUGACGAUCAUUUGUUUGAUCUAUGUUUUUAAUCUACUCACUCUCAUACCGGAAGUGUCCACAAUCUACCUUGACUGGAACAUGUUCUUGACCCCUGGCGCUGUUAUGGAAUCGAUCACCUCUUCCUCUAAAGGAAUGACCAUCGUCGCUCUCGUUUUUUCAGUCCACGCUUUCCUAACAAUAAUGUCUUUCAUCGCCUUGGCGGUCUUCACGUCCAUCCUCGUCAUUAAACUCAAAGAAAAAUCAAAAUGGCGGAGCAAAGCCACCCACGGGCAUGGACAAGACGAGGCGGUGUCCGUCAGGGACAAGAAAACGGUGACCGUGAUCAUUUUCGUAGCCACGCUGUUGAUCCUGUGCUACGUGCCGACCGUGACCUUCUCCAUCGUCUCGUCCAGUGUGCCUGAGUUCAGCUUGUUCGGGCGGGAGUCGAACGUCUUCUACGUGGCCUGGUCCUUCGCCUUCAUCACCCACUCGUGCAAUUCCAGCGUCAUCAUCUUCAUCUACUACAAGAUGAGCUCGCGAUACAGGGCCACGUUCAAGCAGGUUGUCGCUCAAUAUUUUCACAGGAGACCGCUAGAGCAAGCAGACGUUGACGGGGUAAACGUCACAAACACAAGAUUUUAA